UGGAGUGUCAUACUUAAUAAUUCUAAUUAUACUAUCUAUUUCUAUUUAGGACAAUGGAUUAUUCCAACUAUUAGUGGUCAGUGUUGUCCUCCUACUAGUUCCUUUGCUAUUCAAAAGAUUACUAAUAAUAAAGCUGUCAUGUUUUGUGGAACAGUGCCUAGGGAUGAUGAUUAUGAUAUAUCUGUUAAUACAGUCUAUACAUGUCAACUGGAGUCUGAUACUACAAUACACUGGGAGAGUGUUAAGGAACCAGUAGUACCUGCUAGUGUACAGUGGCCUGUGGGGAGAUGUGCUCAUGCUUUUACUAGUAUCAUCAGUGACUCACCUACACUAGUAAUGAUAGGUGGAGAGGGUAAAGAUGAUCAACUAGUAAAUGAUAGUUGGUUACUGAAUACUAGUCAGUACCAGUGGAGUAAGAUUGUUCUACCUGAAUCUGUUACUGGUAGAGACUCUCAUUCCUUAUCAUCAAUAAUGAUGAGUCCAGACUGUGUGUGGUUGGUGGUAGUGGGUGGGUAUCUAGCAACUGAAUGGAAAGAUGUAGGAAGAGGAUACAAGCAAGCAUUUGCUGACUAUAUCACUGAUCCUAAUAUCACAAUGUUAAUAGAACUAGUUUUAAGAGAAGGUGAAUGGAGAGUAAGUGAAGUACUAGAUUCUACUGGUCUGACUACUGAGGCCUAUCAAGACAAGUAUCAGUUAUUAUUAAAGAAGAGACAAUGGUGGCAAGAUCAGUUUAUAGUAUACCCUACAGAGAGAGAAGUAAAACUACAAAAUUAUGUGGAAUCGUUGCAGCAGGAGUUAAGAGUAUCUGAGGGAAACAAGACCUCACUGCAGGAAGCACUCCUUGAGGCUAGUGAGCAAGGUAUAGUCCUCUACU